AUGGCCGCCAAGUGUUUUGGCACUCUGUCGCAAAUGUGUUGCGGCGGAAGAGAGGGCGGACGACAGAGCAGGAUCUACUUGAUCCGGCAUGGUGAAACAGUUUGGAAUGCAGACCGGCGGAUACAGGGGCAGCUGGAUAUUGAUAUCAACGACACCGGCAUGAAGCAAGCCCAGGGCGUGGCGAAUGCAUUGGAUCAACUAGGCAUCUUGCGCAAGAUCGAUGCUGUUGCCUCUUCGGACUUGCAGAGGGCUUCGCGUACCGCUGACAUCAUCGCAGCGGCCUGCGAGAGAUCGCCGCCCCGGAGCUUGGACCCCCAACUGCGCGAGAUCGGCUAUGGCAAGCUUCAGGGCUCUCAGAGCGACAACGAGCAGAGCAAACUCUUGCAGCAAAGCACCUUUGAGGCUUGGAUCAAUGGCGACCUGUCUAAGGGCUUCCCCGAAGGCGAAACUGGCGCAGAGUUCUUUGAGCGCAUCGUGCAGGGGCUGCGAGACGCAGCACGCUUGGGGAAGGCCGUGGUCGUGGUUGCCCAUGGUGGUCUGAUCCGUUGGUCCGCCGCACAGAUGGCCAGCUCGCAGGAGGAAGCCAAGCGAUUGGUGAAGUCGCCGAUCGUUAACUGUUGCUGCUCAACUUUGGUCUAUGACCAUGACCUGGACCUGUUUACGGCCGAAGAGUGGUUCGUGGACCUGCAAAAAGCAGGAGGAUUGAAGGCCAAGGAUGAUACCGGCUGA